GCAAAAUACUUAACUGCACUUCAGUGGAACCGUGGUACGAUUUGAUGGAAGAAAAAUAACAGAAAGCGUACUGUCUUYGACAUUAAAAUGUCUGACGGCAUACGAGGUGUAAAGUUAAAGAAUAUUACACUGGGAGGCGCAGACAUAUUCGAGGAAAUUGACGAUUGGAUUGAAUAUUUGGUCUCAGAACGCGAAGAGGUYCACAUCAAGGCAUUUACUAAAUGGGUGAACUCGCACCUCUCAAAGGCAUACCCUCCGGUACAAAUCAAAGACUUGAUUAAGGAUCUGUCUGAUGGAGCGAAUUGGCUGAGUCUCUUUGAGGUUUUGCUGGAUAGGAGAAUCGAAAAGUCAAGUGGUCACUCCCAUCUUCACAAAAUCGAAAACCUUCAAACAACCCUGGAUAUAUGCAAGGAGAACAAGAUUAAGCUUGAUGGCAUUAACACAAAAGAUAUGUCUGAAGGGAACAGGAAAACCAUUCUUGGCUUGCUGUGGAACAUUAUUGUGCAUUUCCAGCUGAAAGGUACUCUUCAAGCGGACUCCAAGAGCUACAGCAUCGAAAAAACGUUACAAAGCUGGUGUAAAAAACGAUUUGCGGGGUACAAAGAAGUAAAAGUAACAGAUUUUUCAACAAGCUGGAGAGAUGGAAAGGCUUUUAAUGCCAUUAUACACUCAUACAGGCCUGAUCUUUUCGACUUCGCACAAGUGAUGAGGUCGGACACGUACACUCGCCUGGACCACGCGUUCACCACUGCCUCGUUGGAGUGGAACGUCCCGAGAAUCUUGGAACCAAUAGAUGUAGAUGUGGAGAAGCCAGACAAAAAGAUGAUAACAAUGUACCUAACAUGUCUUUUUGAACACUUGGAAUCACGUGAUAAAUCCAGUGAGGCCGUGACGUCAUCUGAGGCUUUGGAGACAACCACACGUCAUGUUGUGACGACCGUCUCUGAAGCGACCAAGGAACCAUCGAAGCAGACAAGUAGUAAUAAGAAAUUCUUUCUGAGGCGAAAGAAAAUUAACGAGAAAUCCGAUAAAAGUUCGGACGAGUCCGAAAGUAGUGAUUUCCCCCAAAUAUUAAUUGAAGAGAAAAGAACGAUACAAGUUGGCUCCGUUUCAUCAGAUGUCUCCAAAAGCUCCAAAAGUUCUAGAAGCUCCAGUUCAUCCAGUGUGGGACCUCACCGUGACAUGUCRCUUGGAGUUGACMUGCAAAUGCAAGGACAGAGCGAAGACGUAUUUUCGACAGCAACCACAACUGACUUAGAAGCUUUGCCGGAUUUCAGUGAACCAAGAGUAAAACACAAAGAAAUGUACAGCUUGUCAUCGAUAUCUGACAACGAAAACAUAGAGCUAAGCUCGCCAGAACUAAAACGUCGUUUUCAACCAACCGAUACUUCAAGCCCWUUUACCACCGACUCUGACUCAACCUCAACAGAAACGGUCAUCAACUUAGAAACGAGGGGAAAAGAUGAUAUAGUUCCGUGGAAGAAAUUCGAGCACAAGGAAAAACAUGGCCCUGAAAAUACAACGAUUACAACCGUGAAAGAAAGUAGUUCAGGAAAAACUGUUACAACGGUAACACGCGAGAUAUACACGAUUGAAAAACCAGUUGUGCAAACACGUACUGUUUCCCAAACGUUUGUGAGUGGUACUUCGCGUGAGAUCAGCGAAAUAAGCGAGAUKGACGGAGCUCCACGCGAGGAAUCGCGCGUGACAGUUGAAAGUAGGGAUSUCUCUACAACGGAUGAUCAAUUGGGCGAGGCCACAAGUAGGGAAACUCGUAUGAACACAAGUCUGCAAUCACACGAGAACACACGCGUAGUUACCAAAGAAACCACAAAGCUAUCGGAAAUCGAGGGACUCCCAUCAAUCCAGCAAUCCGUUGCAAUUGAUAUCGAAUCGACUGGCUCGCCGAAACGCCCUGGUGAAUCUGAAAGUGACAUCGACAAAAUAUCUAUGGAGUGUGAUGCAGUUUUGGAGCAAUCAGAGACAACWCUUUUGGAAAAGUCGUUAUCAAGCCGCAACGAGCUUUUCGAAAGUAAUCUCUUAGAAGUAGAGAGAGCAAUUACAGACCUUGAGGGACGAUUGAAAGACGCUGAACUGGACGUGGCUAAUUUGGAGGAACUCAUCCAAGGAUGUACUAGCCUGAAAUUGAAGAUAAGUGGCGUAGUGUCACGUGGUCGUCAAAUGAUAGCAGAUAAGAAUGUUGAUGAGGAGAAAGAAGACCGCUAUAUAAGGAGAAUGCAGGCUCUGGAAAGCAGAAUAGAGAUUCUUAUAACAACGACUAAGGAAAAGCUGGACAAAGCAAAUAACUACAAGAAAAUAUUCAAACACGAGCUGUUGGAAAUGGAAUCUGCAGUGUCUAAUAUGGAGUCGCGUAUUAGAUUAUCUAUUCAUCAAAAAGACAGCAAGGCUCUAAUCAAAGAACGCGACAAUCUAAGCCAAAACGUUCAUGAUACAAUCCGUCUUGGUCGUAGUAUGGUCAAAGAGGUUAUCGUUGAGAAAGAUAAAGCCGUGGAUUAUUCCAAGAGAAUGGAUGACUUAGAGAGACAAAUGAGAUUAUUGAAGGGAUGGCCAAUACUUGAUAAUACCAGCGUGCUCUUCUUUUCUCGUGAUCGUGAAAAAUUCUUGGAGAAAAAAAUUAAUGAAGCUCAAAGGAUCUUGAAGGAUAUCGAACCAAGGAUUAAGAGCAAACAAAUAUCUCAAGAUGAUAAAGAGUCUUUAGAGAAAGAACGUCAAGAUAUCGAGCCAGAGAUUUUAGGAAUUAUCAGUCUUGGCGAUAGUAUGAUCCAGUACAAAGUUGUCGAUAAGAAGAAAUCAAAUGGUUAUGAACAAAAAAUCAAGGAGAUUCGACUGAAAAUAAGUGAAUUAAUGGAAUGGCCGAUUAUGUACAAUCACAGUGAGAUAGAUUACAGGAAACACCUGGAUGGAAAGCUUACAGAAGUUGAAAAACUUACUACUGACUUAAAACAGAAAAUCAAGAGUAAAGCAAGCCCAUCAAAAGAAAAGACUUUGCUUCAAGAACGCGACGAACUAGAGAUCAAAGUUUACUCUGUAGUCAACUUGGGACGUGGUAUGAUUCAAGACAAGUUCUUUGAUGAAAAAACGGAGAAUAGUUUCAAACAAAGAAUGGAAACACUUGAAAAAGAAAUGAGAUUGCUGGCUGCACUGCAAGUUGGAAGUACUGUGAACUAUAGCACGUUCUUCGAAGAAAAAAUGUCCGCAGUAGAGAAAGCUGUGAAAUUAUAUCGAGUCAGGACAACUUUCGCUGAAGGUGACAAGGCUUUGAGGGAAGAACUGAAGGAUUUGCAGAUUCAAGUCUACACCACUGGAAGCCUCGGACGUGGUAUGAUUGAGGACCAAUUCUUCGAUGAAAAGACUGAAAAUGAAUUCGAGCAGAGAAUCAAGAAUUUGGAACAAGAAGUGCARUCAUGGAUGACAGAGGAAGAAUAUGAAAWUAUUGGGUACAAAACUKAUUUCUUGACUAUAUUAUCUCGCACGGCAUUAGUGAAAGGGUCUCAAAASUGAGAMUCGACUUAA